AUGCUUAUUCCCAAGGCUGACCGCAAGGCGAUCCAUGAGUACCUCUUCCGUGAGGGCGUCAUGGUCGCUGAGAAGAACUAUGAGUCGACCCACGAGACCGGCAUCCGCAACCUUUAUGUCAUCAAGGCUUGCCAGUCUUUGACCUCGCGCGGCUACGUCAAGACCCAGUUCUCGUGGCAGUACUACUACUACACCCUCACCCCCGAGGGUCUCGACUACCUCCGCGAGUGGCUCCACCUCCCCGCUGAGAUCGUCCCCGCUACCCACAUCAAGUCCCAGCGGUCUCACGCUCCCCCCCGUGGCAUGCUCGGCGGUGAGGAGCGCCGCGAGCGCCCCUUCGGUGGCCGUGGCCGUGGUGACCGCGAGGGCGGCUACCGCCGCCGUGAGGCUGGUGAGGGUAAGGAGGGUGGUGCCCCCGGCGAGUUCGCUCCCCAGUUCCGUGGUGGUUUCGGUCGUGGCCGCGCCGGCCGUGGUGAGGCCCCUCCCUCGUAA